AUGAACAACCAAGGGGAGGUAUCUGUUCUUUCACAGGAAGUUAAUAUAGCAGAAGAUGAUAUUAACAAGGUUCUUGACGUUCCGAUACGUACUCAUGUGCGAAUGAGAGGUAUUGAGAAAAUUCAUCCUCGUGUUAUUAGUCGAGAUCUUGAAGCCAUUAAGCGUUCAGAGACCAUAGCCGAAAUUACUAAUAAUAUGAAUGAAGCCAAAACUAGAUGGACUCAUAUGGGUUUUUUUAGAUCUGUAAAGUUUAAUUUGGAGCCUACAUUUGAUGGGGAAGCUAAUGAUGUUUGUGUACACAUAGAUGUUGAAGAAUCUAGACCAACAAAAUCUAUUGGUGUUUUUACCACAGAAACCAUAGUUCCUGAACUUACUUUUUCAUUAGAGAAUAUUUUUGGAGCUAGAUAUUCGUUAACUGGAAAUUAUGUUCCACCAACAUCGAGAACUCAUGCUAUUUCUUUUUCAGUUCGUUCUAAUGUUCCAUUUUUAGGACAAACUGCUGAAUAUUAUAUUGGAGAACGAAGUGAAAAUAAAACUUUUCAUCCAGCAAGUAGUGAAAAAGUUGAAGAAAUACGAGCAACUUCAAAAAAUGAAAAAAAUGGAUUUUCAUCUGAACUUUCUAUUGGUUUUCAACGGAGAUUAUUAGUGUCAAAAGAAAAAAGAAAAUUAAGUAAUGAUCUUCUUGAUGAUUUUAAGAAAACAUUAAAAGGUUUUAUUAGACAUGAUUUAGCUCUUUCAAAUGCAGAGUAUCACGCUGAUCCCUUUUUAUGUAAUAUGUACCCUUUACCAAUUAAUGGAGGUCAACUAAGUUUAAAAAAUGAACUUGCUGGUGGACCUCUUGGAGGACAGUUUACUUUUAUAAAAUCAGAAUUACAAACGGCAAAAUACUGGCCAUUAGGUCCUUUUUUUAGUUUUCAAUGGAACCUCAAAUUAGCAGGAAUAUGGUCAUAUAAUCAAGGUAGAAUUCCAUUAAAUGACAGACUUUUUCUUUCAUCUUGUCAUGUUCGUGGUUUUAAAAGUAUUGGUCCUUCUACUAUUGAAAAUGUUAAAAAGGAAGGAGGACGUUUUGCAGCUACAGGUGGUAAUGCACUUUGGGCAACAUCCAUGAGUAUUAACUUUCCCUUUCUCUUUUUUCCUAAUAAUGGUAUGGCGGCUAUGCAUCUCUUUGCUAAUAUAGGUAAUUUAAAAAUGGUAAAAUCUCACAUAGAACUUAUGGAUAUUGGUGAAUGGUUACGUACAUCUGCUGCUUCUAUGGGUUUAGGUAUAGUGGUAACGAGAAUACCAUUGUUUGGUGUAGCACCAAACGGGCGUCUUGAACUGAAUUUUUCAGUUCCUGUUGGUAUAGAUAAAACUGGUAAUAUUAGGUUUGAAAAUGGUAACAAAAAUUUAUUUGAUCGAAUUAAGUUUGGACUGACAUGGUCUUCAGCUUUUUCAAUGUAG